AGAGUCUAUACAAGUUGGAAAUGGCUUGAAGUCACAGGGGUAAUCUACUUUGGACAUUUGUCAAUGUUUGCAGAAACUUCUCUAACUGCAUUGGGCGUUUCCAUUCCCCGCUGCCCGGUGUUGGUCAUAGCACGGAUGCAGCUUUUUUCCUUCGUACGAAGCCUUCCUCCUCACAGGUGGAAUAAACAGAAGGCCUUCUAUUCCCAAGCUGGUUGUUUGUGGUGUUGAUGAGGAUUUGCUAAUAAUCAGUCUGUCUUCCCCAAUUAGGGAUCCCUGCACAGAGGGAGGGCUCUUGGACCCUGAGGAAGCCAUGCUCCUCUAUCGCUCUUUCUGUGCACAUUAGAAUGAGUGGCUCAUGCUUCCUCAAGAUUUAAACUCAGCCACUGCACAGAAGUCUGGCGGAUUCUGCUCAGCUGGCACCUGCUGGCAGUGCUGAUCUGCACAUCCCUGGUCCAGCUCCCUGGGACCUUCACUUUCUCCUCCCUUCCCUUUGUCCAUCAUCUCCCUUGCUGUCUGGGCCCUACUUUGCUGAGAAGUGGAUUUUGCAGAAGCAGCCCCCCCCCCCCCCCCAGUUGCAGAGCGAUGGGUUCUUCCCAUUCCAUGCCAGAAGAAAUCCAGGAGCUUGCAGACAAGACAGGCUUCACUACGGAUCAGAUUGAGAACUUGCACCGGCGAUUCAAGCAGCUGAGUGGGGACCAACCAACCAUACGCAAGGAGAACUUUGACCGCAUCCCCGACUUGGAGUUCAAUCCAAUCAGGUCCAAAAUUGUCAACGCCUUUUUUGACCGGAGGAACCUGCAAGAAGCAUCCAUGGGGCUGGCUGAUGAGAUCAACUUUGAAGACUUCCUGACUAUCAUGUCUAACUUCAGGCCCAUUGAGAUGAAUAUGGAUGAAGAGCAGUUGGAUCGCUUCAGGAAACAGAAGCUGAAAUUUCUCUUUCACAUGUAUGACGCUGACAGCGAUGGGAAGAUCACUCUGCAGGAAUACAGGAAUGUAGUGCAAGAGAUGCUGUCCGGCAACCCCCAUCUGGACAAGGAGUCGGUGAGGUCCAUAGCAGAUGGGGCCAUGAUGGAAGCUGCCACCAUCUGUGUGGGACAAAUGGAACCAGAUCAAGUGUACGAGGGAAUCACAUUUGAAGACUUCCUUAAGAUCUGGCAAGGAAUAGACAUAGAGACCAAGAUGCAUGUCCGCUUCCUAACUAUGGAGCCGAUUGCAAUUUGCUACUGAUGGAGAAGAAGGUGGAUCAGAAAUGCUGGUGCCUUCACAGUGACCUGGAACAAAAUGCCAGGUGGUCAAUACGGGUACAAGGAGGAUUGCAUCUCCCAGAGCUAGCAAACCAGAGGGCCAUUUUGUCCACCAAAUGGGUGGUACUUUAUCAGAACAAAUACAUCUGAACUAGCUUUACAGAGUCACUCAUCGUUUGCCUACAUUCUGAAGCCUAAAAGCAUUAAUAAAAAGUUUUAUUUUUAAA